AUGGGGCUCCUAACGGACCCCAACGGCGGCCAAGGCAAACUAACAAAACUCCUACUUAACUACCACGGAAAACUGUGCAAACUCUCUUACCUAAUCGGCGUAAUUUGGUUUUGCUCGCUGGCCGCGCCCCAGUUCAACUCGAACACUUACUUUUCCGAAAACGCCUUGCUACCGGGCCUAGUGAAGUCAACCUUCCAACAAGACCGCCUCGCCUUGCAGUACUUCCAAGAACUGAAAGACGAAACUCAAAAAUAUGACUCUUCAUUACCUUAUGCGUGGCUUUUGGCCAAAUUCCGGCAAAUAGGCCUGGACGCUUACACGCACAACUUUACUUUACAUUCUCCUUUGAAUCCUAACGAGACGUUUUACGGUAAAAAUGUUUACGGAAUUCUUCGUGCUCCUAGAGCUUCUAGCACUGAGGCUUUAGUUUUAAGUGUGCCUUAUAGGCCCCCUUCAAGUAUCCACCCAACAACUCUACCUUCAAUCGCUAUUCAAUUAGCCUUUGCCAAAUUUGCAGUAAAAGAAAAAUACUGGGCCAAAGAUAUAAUUUUUCUAAUUACCGAUCAUGAACAAUUAGGAAUGCAGGCCUGGCUUGAAGCUUAUCACGGAGUCAGUUGUGGCAACAAAGAUGUGCUAAACCAUGGAGAUUUAAAAGGAAGAGCAGGUGCGAUACAAGCCGCAAUCAACUUGGAACUUCACAGUGUUAGAAUUGGGUAUUUGGACAUUAAAAUCGAAGGCCUCAACGGCCAAUUACCUAAUUUAGAUUUGUUUAAUUUAGCGGGCAAAAUUUGCAUCAAAGAAGGAGUGUUUUAUACAUUUAAAAGCAAAAGCCGUGCUUAUUUUAGAGACCCUUACACCGAGUGGUUGUAUUAUUUUAAGAAUUUAUUAGCAAUGAUGACAACGCACGCUACAGGGAUUCCAAAUGGUAAUCAUGGAUUGUUUUUGAGGUUUGGAAUUCAGGCGUUGACACUUGAGGGGUUUGAGCAAAGCAAAGAAGGAUCUAGAGUGGGGCUUUUAAAUAUUGGCAGAGUUAUAGAGGGGAUUUUUAGAAGUAGUAACAACUUAUUGGAGCGCUUUCAUCAAAGUUUCUUUUUUUAUUUGUUGCCCAACUAUGACAGGUAUAUUUCUAUUGGGCUUUACAUGCCUGCGGCUUGUAUGAUUGCUGCUGCUUUAAUUAUAAAGGCGUGCGCUAAAUGGUUUAAGUUGCAAGAAGAAGACAUCAAUGUUGCUUAUAUAAAGGUCAUAGUUGUUUUUGUUUUGAUGCACUUCAUUGGGGCCUUUGUGAAUAGUUUGCCGCAAAUUGCCCAAUUAUUCAAUUACGAUGUUAGUAGUGCAAUAUUUUUUGGGCUUAUAAGCGUUUUAAUAACAUCCUUACUAGUACCCCUUGUGUUGAAGGACUUUAGUUUUGAAGUAAUGUUAAUUUUUGCCUUACUAGAGCUGGGUACUACUUUGAUUUGUUUGUCAAUGAAUAAUAUUUCUUUGGGGAUGUUUUGUAGCGUUAUAUCAGUACCAAUGGCUUUGAUAAUUGAUAUUACUUCAAACAAAUUUUUUAAUUAUCUACAAAAAUUACUCUGGAUCCUCAUUCAUCCUUUUACAAUACUAUUUAUAGUAGUGACAAUUAAUAGUUGGUUGCUUUUUAACCAAGAAAGUAUUGGAGAAGUUUUAUUGCGGGCUAUUGUUGCCACCCAAGAAGCAGUCAUAUACAGUGUUGCCGAUUCAAUGAUUUACGGCAAUUGGUUGUACACAGUUGUUACAAUGGUACUAAUACCAAAUUGGUUGUGUUUUUGGUGUGUCACUUUUGGACGAAUCAAAUCGCCGAAAAACAAAUUCGAUUAG